AUGGAAUAUCACUAUUACCAAACACCACCAAUUUACCGCCCCUCUGCACCUUUGCCACCAUUGUCACCCGAUAUCUCUUCCAACCACUAUUAUUAUGCACCUGCUAGGCAAGAAAGAAGAUACAAGACAGUCAAACGACUCGUCCAAAUGCCUCAAGGAAGACUUGUCUUGAAUUGCCCUGUACCUACUCAAUACCUAGAGCGAGUACCAUUGCGUGACUCGCCCGAGUUUAAUCUUAUGCGAUAUACAGCAGUUACCUGUGAUCCAUCCGAAUUUCAAUCUAGGUCUUAUACACUCAGACAAGAGUUUAUAAAGCGAGAAACAGAGAUCGCUAUCUGUAUCACGAUGUACAAUGAAGAUGAAGUCUUGUUAUCAAGAACAUUGCAUGGUAUUAUGAAAAAUAUUGGUCAACUAGCAAAACGGUAUCGCUCUUCAGUUUGGGGUGAAAAUGCAUGGCAAAAAGUUGUGGUUUGCAUAAUUGCAGAUGGAAGAGAGAAACUAAAUGGAAAAGUGCUUGAUCUGAUUUCCGUUUUGGGCGUCUACCAAGAAGGAAUUGCUAAAAAUGCAAUCAACGAUAAACCUGUUCAUGCUCAUCUGUACGAGUACACAACUCAGUUAUCACUAACACCAGACUUGACAUACCAAGGCGUUAUGGAUGGCAUUGUGCCUACACAAAUCAUUUUUUGCCUCAAAGAAAAAAACCAGCGCAAGAUCAAUUCACAUCGCUGGUUCUUUCAAGCCAUUUGUCCUGUUCUUCAACCCAAUGUUUGCAUUCUAAUGGAUGUUGGAACAAGACCCGGUCCUCAUUCGAUUUAUAAACUAUGGCAUCCAUUUCAUAAACAUAGAGAUAUUGGUGGUGCAUGUGGACAAAUCAAAGUCAUGACAGGUAAGGGUGGUGUCUAUCUAUUAAAUCCAUUAGUGGGGGCACAAAACUUUGAAUAUAAAAUCUCAAAUAUCCUCGACAAACCCUUGGAGAGUCUUUUGGGAUAUAUUCAAGUAUUGCCUGGUGCAUUCUCAGCCUAUCGAUAUUCUGCUAUUCAGAAUGAUCCUAUGACACAUGAAGGACCAUUGAAAAAAUAUUUUUUGGGCGACACAUCAAGCCCAUUAGUAGCAUCCUUGGAAGGUAUAUUUGAUGCCAAUAUGUAUUUAGCUGAAGAUCGGAUUUUGUGCUAUGAAUUGGUAGCCAAAAGAAAUUCACAAUGGCGAUUGUAUUAUGUCUCUGGAGCUUAUGGAGAAACAGAUGUGCCCUUCACCAUUGCUGAAUUUAUUGCACAACGUAGAAGAUGGUUAAAUGGAUCUUUCUUUGCUGGUGUUUAUAGCCUUGUUCAUUGGGGGAAAAUUUUAAAUACGAAUCAUACGGGCAAAAGGAAAUUUCUAUUACUUAUAGAGUUGAUCUAUUUGUGUAUCAAUUGGCUUUUUUCAUGGUUUGCUCUCGGCAACUUUUUUAUUAGUUUUUAUAUCUUGACAAAGUCAUUAGCUACCAUGUCAAAUCCACCAUUUGAUAAAAAUACAGCUAAUGUAGUGCAUACUAUACUAAGUUAUAUAUACGCUGUCUUGAUGAUUUGUUUAUUUCUGAUGUCCAUAGGCAAUCGUCCGCAAGGUUCUCAAGGAUCGUAUGGCUUGAUCAUGGUUUUUUUCUCAUUACUUAUGAUCUAUGUAAUUUUUGCGUCUGUGUGGAUUGCCUACGAUGGUAUUUUUUCUGAACUGUCAAAACCACAAAAUAUUGUGGACCUUAUUUCUAAUGGGCCCUUUCGAGAUAUUGUCAUUUCUCUUUCUUCUACAUUUGGCGUCUAUAUUUUAUCCAGUCUUAUUUUCCUAGAUCCAUGGCAUAUGGUGACAAGUUUCUUGCAGUAUUUUUUGCUCGCACCAAGUUACAUUAACAUUUUAAACACGUACGCUUUUUGCAAUACUCAUGAUGUUAGUUGGGGUACAAAAGACAUCACUUUGGUACCUUAUUUAGGACAUGUUGAAACAAAAGUAGGCAAAACUACAGCAGAAGUCACUUUGCCUGAACAAAAAGACGUGGGUUAUCUGUAUGAAGCAUCUGUCCAGAAUCUGGAACACAAGGUGCUGUCUAUAAAAACAGGCGAUCCCAAGCAGAGACAGGAAGACUAUUACAAGAACUUUCGUACGAGGCUUGUGGUCUGUUGGAUACUUACAAAUUUAAUACUCGUGAUUGCUAUCUGUACUGUGAACAAUCUUGGCAAGCUAGGCGAGUUCGAUACAAGGACAAAUAGUUACAUGAGCUUUUUAUUAUGGAGCGUAGCUGGUCUUAGUCUCUUUAGAUUUGUGGGUAGUACACUCUAUCGCUUUUUUUCAUUCUUUUAA